UUUUUUUUCCUUUUUGGCAUUUUCAUGUUCAAUCUUUGGUACCGCUCAGCUUGAUAACUUCCAGGUUAUUCAUGCGUCUCUCCAAAAGAAAUUAAGUGUGCUGGCCAUAUCACACCAUUCUGUUGCCUAUAGCCUAUAAACCCUAUUAAUAUUAAUAUUAAGAUGCCGUCAUCCGUGGCGUUGGCUGGCAUAAACGCCGACUCGGACUCAGAGUCGGAUGCUCAAUCACUGAUCCCGGCGCCGCUACCACGGCAUACAAGAUCCGAUGCAGGUGAGUCCGCAUCAGGAUCAGAUCCAGAUUCAGAGUCAGAUUCCGACUCGCUUGACAGUGCUGGUUCCCGCAAGAGACGCAAGCUCUCCUUGGAGUUGACUCCUGCAGCCGCCGAGCUUGGCACAUCAUCUAUACAUGUGCCAUCUAGGAUCAAGCGGAAAGGGGCCAGUGUCCUACAAGCAAAGCCAUCGGAGGACUUGCCCCCCACAGAAAUUUCUGUGAAUACUGGGGUUGGCGCUCCUGUGGACCGCAGCACAACCUUCGAAUCGUUGAAUUUAAGACCAUGGCUUGUCCAGUCGCUUGCCAAUAUGGCCAUCAAGCGGCCCACAGGUAUCCAGAAGGCCUGUAUUCCCGAGAUCCUCAAGGGCCGGGAUUGUAUAGGAACGAGUAGGACAGGUUCAGGAAAAACAGUGGCAUUUACAGCCCCUAUCUUACAGAAGUGGGCCGAAGACCCAAGUUCCAUCUACGCCGUGGUAUUGACAGCCACACGAGAACUAGCCUUACAGAUUUACGAGCAAUUCAAGGCAAUAUCUUCGCCACAAUCUCUCAAGGUCAUCUUAGUUACCGGUGGUUCUGACAUGCGUCCGCAAGCUAUCGCCAUAGCCCAGAGACCUCAUGUAGUAAUCGCUACUCCUGGUCGUCUCGCGGACCACAUUCGUUCAUCUGGAGAGGAUACCAUUUGCGGCUUGCGAAGGGUCAGGUUCGUCGUGCUCGAUGAAGCAGACAGACUUCUAUCGGCAGGAGGCCCUGGCAGCAUGUUGCCCGACAUAGAAGAAUGCUUAGGAGUUCUUCCCCCCUCGUCCCAGAGACAGACACUUCUUUUCACGGCUACUAUAACCCCGGAGGUACGCGCGCUGAAAGAUAUGCCGCCGAAACCUGGCAAGGAGCCGGCCUUUGUCUGCGAGGUUGAUACACAGACUCUCGCCGUCCCGACGACCUUGCACCAGAUGUACAUCCAAGUUAACGUCACACACAAGGAGUACUACUUACACGCUUUCCUUCUGACGGAGGCCAACAUCGAGAAAUCUCUUAUCAUCUUCUGUAAUCGGACAUCGACGGCCGAGUAUCUCCACCAUCUACUUCGGCUGCUCGACCACCGCGUUACAUCCCUACACUCCCGGCUACCCCAACGCCAGCGUAUCGACAAUCUCGGUCGAUUCCGAGCAUCGGCGGCACGCAUCCUCGUCGCUACCGACGUCGCCUCUCGCGGUCUAGAUAUCCCCGAGGUCAGCCUCGUCGUCAACUACGACCUACCCCAGGACCCCGAUGAUUACAUCCAUCGCGUGGGACGCACAGCGCGUGCAGGGCGUAAAGGUGAGGCUGUGACCUUCAUCGGACAACGUGACGUAGAACGCGUGCACGCUAUUGAGACACGUGUGGGUCGCGCGUUGGAGAAGUGGGAGGAAGAAGGCGUGAAUCUGGAGGGUCGGUUUAUCCGCGACCAUAUGAAGGAGGUUGGCGAGAAGAAGAGGGAGGCGUUGUUGAAUAUCGAAGAGCACCGCGAGGUUGGCGGUAAGAGGAAGAGGAAGAAGAUGAGGCUUGAAUGAUGAUAUGACGUUGGUUGGGGUUUAAGGG